AUGAGUACAAAGAGAAAACACAUUGAAGAGAUAAGAAGGAAAAAGUUUUCUAUUGGUGGAAAACGAGCAAAUCCUUUGACUGAAGAUCUUCAUCAAGCUGUUAAGAAUCUCUCAGCUGAACUUUAUACCAGAGAUGUUCAUUUUCUCAUGGAACUUAUUCAGAAUGCUGAAGAUAACCAAUAUAUUAAAGGAGUGAGACCAACAUUGCAGUUCAUCAUAACUUCAAAGGACAUAACAGCUACUGGCGCUCCAGCCACGUUACUUAUUUUCAACAAUGAAAAGGGUUUCUCUCGCGAAAACAUUGAGUCUCUCUGCAGUGUUGGACGAUCAACAAAGAAAGGCAAUAGGAGCUGCGGUUACAUCGGUGAAAAAGGAAUCGGUUUCAAGAGUGUGUUUCUAAUUUCUGAUCAGCCUUAUAUUUUUAGCAACGGAUAUCAGAUAAGGUUCAAUGAGAGUCCCUGUCCACAUUGCAGUCUUGGGUAUAUAGUUCCGGAAUGGGUUGAGGAGAAGCCUACCCUUCUUGACAUAAAGCAGAUAUACGGUGGUAGUAAAGAUUCCCUUUCAACUACAACAAUUGUCUUGCCUCUGAAGCCAGACAAGGUAAAUCCUGUGAAACAGCAGCUUUCAAGCAUUCACCCGGAAGUUUUACUGUUCCUUUCGAAAAUUAGACACGUUUCUGUCAGAGAAGAUAAUGACGACCCCAAAAAGAAUUCUGUUACUACUGUAUCUAUUUCAAGCGAGGUUAACUUUGUGACAGUGAAAAACAUGAAUGCGGAGUCUUACACAAUCCAUCUAUCUGUGGGGGAAAAUAGCAAUGUCGACGAAGAGGUAUGCAGCUACUACAUGUGGAAGCAAAAGAUUCCUGUCAAGUUGGAAAAUGUUGUGGAAAGGAGAUCGGGUUUGGAAGAAUGGGUUGUGACAUUGGCCUUCCCACAUCAUGAGCGGUUUCACAAGGAUAAGAGUUUACCAGGUGUUUAUGCAUUUCUUCCUACAGAGAUGGUCACAAAUUUUCCCUUCAUAAUUCAAGCAGAUUUUAUCCUUGCCUCAUCGAGGGAGACAAUUCUUUUGGAUGAUAAGUGGAAUCAAGGGAUACUUGAAUGUGUUCCAUCAGCUUAUAUAAAUGCAUUCAAAACACUUGUCAUGGGAUCAAAUGAAGCUCCAGUAAGCAGCUUGUCUUAUAUGUUAAAGUUUAUUCCAAUUGUUAGUUCUCCUCUUGAGAACUUCAAUCACGUGAGGGAGAAAAUCAGAGAAAUACUGGCUGAAGAAAAAAUUGUUCCUAUUGAGACAUUCUCGAACCAGAAGCACUUCUAUAAGCCUCGUGAAGUUAGCAGGCUACUACCUAAAUUUUGGAAUAUUUUGACGAAGGCCCAGCAGGAAGGAGUAUACUUGCUUGAUCUAUCUUCUCAUGAUGGGGUGAAAAUUUUGAGUUCUUCAUUUGAUAAAAGACAGUAUGAUGACGCACUCAAAUUUUUAGGGGUGAAACAAGUGAAGAUUGAUUGGUAUGCAAGGUGUAUACAGAGUUCUAAUCUUGUGGAUGGAGUAUCAGAAGAUAUCUAUCUUGAGCUUUUACAUUUUGUUGCGAAAAACUGGUCAAGGUUUAAGGACUCGAACAUCUGUAACAUUCCAUUGAUUAAAUAUGUGGUUUCUGACGGGAUUCCAUCGUUUUUCACACUAAAUGAAUGCUUCAAGGGAGUUUUUCUAGCAGACAUAAGUCAGAAUUGUCCUUGUUCUUGGCUGAUCAAUUGGAACAAUGUAUUUACAUUUGCAACAAAGCAGUGUUUUAUGCCUGAAAGCACUCAACAAGCUAUCGCCCACUUUCCCGAUAAGAAAGAUUUGAUGGAUUGGUUGGCAAAAGAUGUUAAUGUUCAUAUUCUUAAUGUGUACAAUUUUGCAGAAAAAGUCUGCCAUUCUAUUGCUAACGACUGCAAGCUUGCCAUUGCAUUUGCUCAUUUCUUAUACCACUCCUUGUCAAAUGAUUAUUUGUCAAGUCUUGAGGUUGAUUCUCUAUGUAGUUUUAUGCCACUUGUGGACAACUAUGGACGAACAACUACAAGCAGAAAUGGGGUUCUCCUUCCUGCAAAUGUGAGCAAAUGGGCAGGCUUGAUUGUUUCUAAUCCAUGGAGAAAUGAGAAUUAUGUUGAGCUAGGAAAGGCGUACCUAAAUCCAAUUUCUUAUGCAGGUCAACAUACGGAUUCGGGGAAGCUUAUUAAUUUCCUCAAAAACCAUGUCAAAGCUUCCGACAUCCCUUAUAUAUCUCCUCCAAAUGCUGGGUUUUCAGCUGCAGAUACACCACUUACCAAAGACAAUGCCUUUUUGCUUUUGGAUUGGAUUCGGAAUAUGAAUAGAAGGGGGGUUGACCUGCCAGAGAUAUUCUUGGAAUGCAUAAAAGGCGGCAGAUGGCUUAAAGUUGCCGGUAAUGGAUAUAUGUCUCCUUCAAAGUCAUUCUUAAUUGGCGCAAAAUUGGGAAAACUUUUGCAGAGUGGUUCGGUUCUUGUUGACAUUCCCUUGGUUGAUGAGAGCUUCUAUGGGAAAAGAAUAAAUAAGUACAAACAGGAGUUGAAAAUAGUUGGAGUGAUGUUCAGUUAUGAGGAAGCAUGCAAAUUCAUUGGAAGAGAGCUAAUGUCUCGUGCAGCUUCUUUCCCUUUAAGUAAUAAUCAUGUUCUUUUGAUGCUUAACUUCAUCCAAUAUCUCAGGACAAGUCUUCUUCCUUUGAACGAAUUUUUGGACAGCAUCAAAGAGGGAAGUUGGCUAAAGACAUCACAUGGUUUUAGGUCUCCAGUGGGAUCUGUAUUGGGUGGUAAAGGAUGGAAAGUUGCAUCUGAAAUUAGUGAUAUACCAUUCAUUGAUCAUGCUUAUUUUGGUGAGGAAAUAUAUAACUACAAAGAGGAGCUCAAGUUGCUGGGAGUGAUAGUUGAUUUACAUGGAAAUCACCAAGUUGUUACACAGCAUUUAAAAUCACCCUCAAAUUUGGCCUAUUUGACAGCUGCGGCUGUUCUUUUGAUAAUGGAAUGCAUCAAAUGCUCAAAUGUCCCUACUGAAGUCUUAAAUUCAAUACAGGGAGUGAGCUGCUUGAAGACAAACAUGGGUUUCAAAGCACCAAGUGAAUGUUUUUUGUCUGAUCCAGUUUGGGGCUGCAUUUUGGAGGUAUUCGAUGGUCUUCCUGUUAUUGAUCAUAAAUUUUAUGGGGAGAAGAUUUUCAGUUACAAAGAUGAAUUGAAGAAAACAGGGGUAGUGGUUGAUUUUAUGGAUGCUAUCAAACAAUUUGCCAGUCUCUUCGAACAAAAGGCAUUGGAAACUUCAAUUAACCAAAAACAUGUUAUGUCAUUACUCUCUUGUUACAGGCUGCUGAAGGGAACUGACUAUAGUUUUCCUUCAAAUAUCUUAACCAUGAUAUGUGAAAUGAAAUGGUUGCAUACUACGGUUGAUGGUCUUAGGUGCCCAAUAAAAUGCAUUUUAUAUGGUCCCGAGUGGAAAUCAAUAUCUUCUAUAACUUGUCUCCCUUUCAUUGAUUACAGUGACAAAAGUUGUUGUAUGAAAAUACAAGAGUACAAGGCAGAGCUGAAAAGCAUUGGCGUUGUUACUGCAUUUAAAGAUGGAGUGAGGUUUGUACCUGAAUGUCUGAAUUUUCCUUCAAAUCCAUCCACUAUUACUCCUAAAAGUGUGUUUUCUUUGCUGGAAUGCAUCCGACUUCUAAUGCAAGUUCACAAACUUGCAAUAGACGAUGAUUUCAAAAAAAGGUUGUCCAAAAAUUGGUUGAAGACACAUGCUGGUUAUAGGCCUCCAGAGAGGUGUUUGUUGUUGUUUGAUUCCAAGUGGAGUUCAUUCCUGAAUCCAACUGAUGGGCCUUUUAUUGAUCAGAAUUUUUAUGGACCUGAAAUUGCAUCUUUCCAGAAAGAACUCAAUGCAAUAGGGGUCAUUAGUGAAGUUGAGAAAGGGUGCUCUUUGCUUUUCAGUCACCUCAAGUCUCUCUCUGGUCAUGGUACCAUUGUGAAAAUAUAUAAGUAUUUAUAUGAACACAAAUGGCAACCUGAGGAGAAAGCCGCAAAAAACAAUAUUUGGAUUCUGGAUGGAACUAAAGGUGGCAAGUGGGUUGAUUCUGAAGAAUGCAUCAUACAUGACCCUGCUAAACUUUUUGGUUCAAAAUUUUAUGUUCUUGAAGAUAUCUAUGAUAGGAAUAUCCUUGGUUUUUUCAAUACAUUGGAAGUCAAGAGAAAGCCCUCACUAGAUGAUUAUGUUAACCUUUGGAAUGAUUGGGGGAGUUCAGUGAGGCAAUUGUCAUAUGACGAGUGCUGCAAGUUUUGGACGACUAUCUCCAAACAAUUGAGCGCAAAAGAAGAGAAAAAACUUUCUGAGAGUUUGAUGAAACUACCUGCAACAUCUAGAAAUAAUAAAAUAUAUCUGAUAGAUAAGCAAGAUGCUUUUAUUCCUGAUAACCUACACAUGAAGAAGCUUUUUGAGAUGGAAAGAGUUUUUGUAUGGUAUCCUAAGCAUAACUUAACACCAUCAUUGAGGUGUGAAUUAUCUGAUAUUUAUAGAAAGAUUGGUGCUAGAAAUAUCUCUGAAUCAUUAUGCAGAGAAGAAUCAUCCUUAGUGAACGAUGGUGUUAAACUGAAGCAUGUUGAUCCAAAUGAAAUUUUCAACUUAAAGGGGUUGGUUAAGCUUAUUCUUGGUUUUCUUGCUUGUUCUAGCUUGGAAAUGGAACCAAAAAAGAGACAUGAAGCUGUUCAAACUCUUCUCAGCUUGAGUUUCCAUGAGACAAAGGAGCCAAUCAAUGUAAGCUAUAGUUUACUAUUAUCAAAUGGGGAAACAAUUACAAAGAAAGCAAACAAAAGGGUACGUUGGGAAAGACAAAGUUCUAUGUUUAUAAUCCAGAAGAUGGAUAGAGAUCGCAGUGAUGCAAUGAAACAUGCUACAAAUUUCGCCGAAGCAAUAUCUGAAGGUGUUUUGCGUGAAUAUCAUGAUCAUGUUCCUGCACUCUCUGACCUAAUCACAUCUGGUUUUUUUCUGAAAUUUAAAAAUGAAGAAAUUGAUUUUCUAAUGGAAUCCAAGAAUCUGCAGAUUGAGUAUGAGGAUGAGGAGUUCCUCCUUUCUGCCUUCGCUUCCGGCUAA